CUGCCACCUGGUGGUGAGGCUCGGUACCAGCAACUGCUCCGCGGAGCAUUAGCACAGUUGAAGAUGGCGACUGGAGUCCUUCAGAGAGUCAGCGGUGGUUUGGGUCGGGCUAAAAGCGGGGCCCACUCGGCCGGACAGCUCGCGGUGUGGGGCAGGGGGGUUGCAACUUCCAGCUGCAGAAACAGAGAGGACAGCUGGUUCAAGUCACUGUUUGUGAGGAAAGUUGAUCCCAGAAAAGAUGCACACUCCAACCUACUGACCAAAAAUGAGGAGAGUAACCUCUAUAAAAUUCAGUUCCAUAAUGUCAAGCCAGAGUGCCUGGAUGCAUACAACAAACUCUGUGAGGAUGUGUUGCCCUCCAUCCAUGCUGAUAAGUACUACCCCUGUGAGCUGGUGGGAACCUGGAACACCUGGUAUGGAGAACAAGACCAGGCUGUGCAUCUGUGGCGUUACAGAGGUGGAUACCCAGCUCUUACUGAGGUGAUGAACAAGCUCAGGCAGAACAAGGAAUUCACAGCCUACAGGAAGGAGCGAGGUAAGAUGCUGCUGUCCCGCCGGAAUCAGCUCCUCCUGGAGUUCAGCUUCUGGAACGAGCCAGUACCCCGAACGGGACCAAACGUAUACGAGCUCAGGUCCUACCAGCUCAGGCCAGGAACCAUGAUCGAGUGGGGUAAUUACUGGGCCAGAGCCGUUCGAUACCGCCAGCAGAACAGAGAAGCUGUGGGAGGGUUUUUCUCACAGAUCGGAAACCUCUAUAUGGUCCAUCACCUCUGGGCUUACAAAGACCUUCAGUCCCGAGAAGACACGAGGAACGCUGUGUGGCAGCAGGAAGGCUGGCACGAGGUGGUGUAUUACACAGUCCCACUCAUUCAGUACAUGGAUUCAAGGAUCAUGAUUCCCACAAAGGCUUCUCCGCUGCAGUAAAAUGAAAAGCCAGCUGGAAGCUGACAUCGAGCGCCACCUCCUUUGAAUGUUACAUCGGCAUCGUGGGUUCAAUCUUUGUCAGUGCUGCCAAACAACGUCCAUUCUCUUUUUGUUCAUGUCUUUGUUUUAUUAUUUCAGGAUGUCGCUUGGAUCGAGUCGGGUUUCUGAAAUUUAUCUGCAGUUAAAAUAGUUACUGAAAGGCUCCACGCCACUUUUAAGACGCGCAAUAUUUUCUGUGUGAGUUCAGGAUUGGAAGGAAGAGUGUUAAAAUGUGUAGAUGUGUUUAUGUCUGAAAUGUGGUGCCACAUCAAAACUGGUCCAUGGAGAGAUUUCAUUUCCAAGGUUAGAGCCAACCAAAGUUACUUGAAAGGAAAAAUCAAAAGGAGCAGCUGUAUGGCGUUAAAGUGUGGGAACGGUUAUAUUAAAAAUAGUACUGCUGAAGCUCACUGCAGGAGCUGUUUAUUUAUUUAAUGUAACUUUAAAGUACAUCAUGUUUUUAGUGUGCUGAGAAACUUUGAUGUAAAAGCCAUGCCAUUUCAGACUGAAGAGAGAACCCUUGUAUGAAUAGAAACUAUAUUUCUUUCAAAAUCAUAAGUGUGUAAAAUGCAGAUACCAUAAUUUUAUAUUUGAUGUGUAUUAUGAAUCAUUGUUUUACUCCUUUUGCUUUUUGUGGAUGUCCCUACAUUUCCUUUAAUGGUAACAUUAAUGUUUAGUGGUGCUGUGUUUGUAACUAUGGCUUACACAGUUUUUCUUUCUCUCAGGACGGCAUGCCUGGUUUUAAAGUCCAUUUUUAUCCAACGUAUCUUAAUGAGGCACAAAAAUCAGUUAUUAUCAAGUUAAAACAGGUGUUCUGCAUAUCAGUGACUGAGUGAAUUUGGUACGCAGGCGAUCGCAGUCACGCUGCUUCAUACUGUAACGGUUUUUAUUGUUAAAGGAAGCAUGUUGAUCUGGUGUUUCUGUUCAGAGGGAACAAUGUAGAGACAAGGACAAGAACACAGAUUAAAGUCAUUCAAACAGCAAA